AUGACAGAUAGAUUCAUGUGGGAGACGAGGAAGAAGAAGAAGAAGAAGAAGAAGAAGAAGAAGAAGAAGAAGAAGAAGAAGAAGAAGAAGAAGAAGAAGAAGAAGAAGAAGAAGAAGAAGAAGAAGAAGAAGAAGAGGGAGAGAACCUACCACAUCCGCCAAAAACGGCGCUGUAUGCGUGUGAUCCAUCGGAUACUCCUUGUCGAUCACUUCCUUGCCUAG